CGUGUGGCUCGGCAGCAGCAGCAGCAGACAAACAGAGGAGGCGAGGGUGGGAGGGGGGCAAAGGACGGUGCGAGUUAGCACAGAGAGAGACAGGCGCUCUCAUCAGUGACGGGCUCACCGGCUGUGUGGACAGAGCUGUGGCGCAGGAGGAGGAGGAGGAGAAGAAGAGGUGCAACGGGAGGACAAGCUGCCUGAAAAAACCGGAGCAAAGCACGAGAAGGGGAGGAGGUGGGGGGAGAGAGAGAGAGGGAGUUAAAAAAAAAAAACAGAGAGCGAUCACUGAGGGGAGAGAAGUCAUUCGGAGCAGGGAGAGGGAGAAAGCUGGAUGAAACUGACAAGGACACAGAGGGAGGAAAGCGCACGGAGAAGCCUUCCCUGACGGGGGAGAGAAGAAGCGAGGGAGUGCGUGCACAAAGUGGAAAAGAAGAAGAGAGGGAGGAGGAGGAAGAGGAGGAGGAGGAAGAGGAGAAAGAGCCCGACGGGAGGUCGAGCUUACGAAGCUUGACUGACACAGGAGCGAAAAGGAAGAGGAGGAGGAGGAGGAGCGUGAGGGGCAAGUUGAUGGAUUUGAUUUGGAAAGAGUAUUUUUAGGAGGAGGAGUGGGGACAUGAGAGAAAUAUUGAGAUUAGAGAUGCUGUCUUUGAGUGGAGGAGACAAAAACUAGGAGGAGAAGAAGAAGAGAGAAUAACAGGAGACAGAGGAAGAAGGAGGUGGGGAGAGAUGUUGAGAUCAGAGUGUGACAGAACAGAUUAUCUCUGGUCUGGUUUCCCGCAGGAAACCGCUGCGAGUAUAUGUCCGUGUGUGCGCGCGAGUGCCUCCUUCUCCAUGUGAAAGUGUGCUGUAGCAUGUUUCUCGCUGUGGCUGUGGCGCCGAGGAGCAGGUCCGCUACAAGACGAAGCUACCCCGUGGUUACCCGCAGGACCUGGUUAAAGACAAGUGAGGUGGGGGGAGGCAGGAAGGGAGGGAGGUGGGGUGGGUGGGAGAGAGAGAUGAGGAGCCGACCAGUGACAUCACGAGGAAGUCCAAGGCAUCAAAAGUGAGACCGCAAAAAGAAGUGGGACAGGAAACAAACGAGCACGGGAGACUUUUGUGAAUUUAAUUAAAGCUCGUACUUAAUAGUGACAAGGAACUGAUUGCCGCCUCUGGCUGGUGAAUGCCUCUGCAAAGAAAAAAAAACACACUCACGCAACUCAGAAGAAGAAAAACCACAGUGCUGGAUCAAGGCAAGCUCUCUACUGACUCUACUGCACCACACCAACCAGUUCCCUCCACUGUCAUCUCAUUAUUUUAAUUAACCUUCCUUUCUUUCAUUUGUUUUUUUUUUUUUUGUCCUCCCUGCUUAGCCCUCGGUAUUUUGUAUUCCAUCCUCCUCUCUCCCUCUCUCUUCCCCUCCCUCUUCCUCUUGCCUUCGCUCUCUCUGUCUCAUCCUCUCUUGUUCACUGUCACACUAACUGCGGUGGAUGCUGGAGUCACUCAUGUAGAAGCCACCUUGCUUGGAGCACAUUUGCCUUGCUGAUUUUUUUUUCUUUAUACUUCCCCCUGCUGAGUUGGAUGAUUGGAGCACCCUCAGAUCGAGUAGACCAGGAGAGAUGACCAACAAGUAGCUGCUCAUCAGAGCUCCUUGCACCACCAGGAGGGAGACGACUUCAAAACACACAGCUUUCUGUCCGCGUGGGGUUUACGGUACAGUGCAUGGGUCAUUAGUAUUUGUGAGGCCAAACACGUAUCCAGGUGUGGAUUACAGUAGUGGAUUUAUCCUGGAGCUACAUGUGGGCCCCAGCCCCUGAGGCCUGGCUGGGAAAUGAAGCCUUUCCCGCGGCUGUAGGAGCGCUGUGGGCAGCUAUGGCCCUGGAGGGGCGCUGUCUCCGGCGGGGAUCCCCAGCCAUGAUCAGAAGGGGAUGUCAGCGGCGUGCUACAAAGCCAACUCUGGCUCGGGUCACUUCCACUCUGCUGUCAAGGACACGCCUGCACGGCCUGAGGCAUGUUUGUGUCCCUGGUGGCUCGGUGGGCCGCAGGGCCUUCUGGCUGCUGGCCCUCUGCACCUCCCUGGGGCUGCUUUUAUCCUGGUCCUCCAACCGCUUACUCCACUGGCUUUCCUUCCCCACGUACACACGGGUCCACACCGAGUGGGCCAAAGAACUGGCCUUCCCCACAGUCACCAUCUGCAACAACAACCCCAUCCGCCUCUACAAGCUCACCAAGAGCGACUUGUACUUUGCGGGCCACUGGCUGGGCCUGCUUCUGGCUAACCGGACAGUGAGGCCCAUGGUUCUGGACUUGCUUCAGGAAGACCGUCGGGCCUGGUUCAGGAAGCUGUCGGACUUCAGGCUCUUUUUGCCGCCCAGAAACUUUGAGGGAACCAACCUGGAGUUUAUGGACAGGCUGAGCCACCAGCUGGAUGACAUGCUCCUCUCUUGCAAGUACAGAGGAGAGCCCUGCGGAGCUCACAACUUCUCCUCUGUGUUCACCAGGUAUGGGAAGUGCUAUGUGUUCAACGCCGCAGAGGAGGGGAAGACGCUCCGCACCACCAUGAAGGGAGGGACAGGAAACGGCCUAGAGAUCAUGCUGGACAUCCAGCAGGACGAGUACCUGCCGGUGUGGGGAGACACAGAGGAUACAGCCUUCGAGGCAGGUGUGCGAGUGCAGAUCCACAGCCAGGCGGAGCCCCCGUUUGUUCACGAGCUGGGCUUCGGCGUGGCCCCCGGCUUCCAGACUUUUGUAGCCACACAGGAGCAAAGGCUGACCUACCUGCCUCCCCCGUGGGGAGAGUGCGAGUCGAAGGCUCUGGAGUCUGGCUUUUUCCAGGUCUACAGCGUAACCGCCUGCAGGAUCGACUGCGAAACGCGCUACAUUGUGGAGAACUGCAACUGCAGGAUGGUGCACAUGCCUGGUGACGCUCCAUACUGCACACCCGAGCAGUACAAAGACUGUGCUGAGCCUGCCCUCGCUAAACUGUCAGCCGUGGAGAGCAGUAACUGCAUGUGCAGGACGCCGUGCAACAUGACCCGCUACAACAAAGAGCUGUCCAUGGUCAAAAUCCCCAGCAAGACCUCGGCCCGCUACCUGCAGAAGAAGUUCAACAAGACGGAGAAGUACAUCACAGACAACAUCUUGGUAUUGGACGUGUUCUUUGAGGCUUUGAACUACGAGACCAUCGAGCAGAAGAAAGCCUAUGAGGUGGCAGGUUUGCUGGGUGAUAUUGGAGGUCAGAUGGGCCUGUUCAUUGGAGCCAGCAUCCUCACCAUCUUAGAGCUGUUUGACUAUGCUUAUGAGGUGGUUAAAGACAGACUACUGGAUUUACUGAGCAGAGAGGAGGAGGAGGAGAGUCAUGGAGAGGAUGUGAGUUCCUGUGAUCCGGUGGCAAACCACUCAGAGUCCAUCAGCCACACUGUGACAGUCCCCCUGCAGACAACGCUAGGCACCCUGGAGGAGAUUGCCUGCUGAGGCCGUCCCCCUUCCCCCGUCAGAGCCACACACAUACCAGAAGCUGCCUCCACUGGGUGGCGCUACAUCCUCCCUUAGGGCACCAUGCAGGAACUUAACAGGGGAGGGGAAGAGACGAGGACAAGAACAGGGGUCGGUCUAAGGACAGCGCCGCGCUCUGUCACACCACCCUGUCUGAGGCACUAAUGGGGAAUUAAGGAGCUGUCGGCCGGACUUAUCGGCCCUCUCUGUCACCCUGCACUGUACUGUAGUGGGAGGGCGGCCUCCACUGUGCCAGACCUGCAGCGGGGUCUGAGUCUCCACAUACUCGCACACAGAAAAUCAAGAGACUCGGUGGGUGAACCACCCCAAAAAGAAGGGGAGGAGCGCUCACCCCUGUGCAGCAUAUCUAUGUAACAAACACAUUCAUAUGUCGCUCACUGCCAAAUGAACUGUACAAAAUUGGUUUUGAACCGUCCAAACUGCAUGCGUCGAUCUAUCUUGCUCUCUUUGCUGAUGCAUACGCUGGACUGCAGUGUUGCUUUUACUGUACGUGUGCCAUUUGUCUCUCUAUCUGCAGGACAGGCCUAUGACAGGAGGCCCCCCCGAGUGAGAUAUCAAACUUCGAAUGUACAGAUUGAACAUAUGGUUGUUUAAAAUCAUAGUUCAAACGUGACCAAUCCAUCUUCAGAAAUCUAUUCCAAUGAGCGAUUCGUCAUUUCUUACUUAAUUAUCUCGGGUUUGUAGGGGUUGGUGAUGUAUGAGCAUUACUGAGGAGAGGAAAAAAAACACCUGAACAUUUUGCUUUGUUUACCAAAACAGAGUGAAAUCUGAAGAUUUUGCAGCCUGCAUUUGGCAUAUUUUUUUCACCUGUCAGUUUCAGUUUAAUCAGUUUACUAAAGGCAUGUUUUGCUACGUGACUCCUGGGGUGCUAAGCUGUUCUCUACAGACAUCUUUAAAGGGAUGUCAUACUCUUACUGUUAAUUUAUGUGAAUAAAUGACUGGCUUCUGGCUGCUGCACCUCACCGCAGCACCCAGCUAAGUGAGGCAGAAUCUGAAUUUAUUUGCCUGCCAGACAGCAAGCCUUGUACAAAAACUCUGCAGCAAAUGAAUACACCCAGAGUGUUGUUAAACCAUUAUUUAAUUAAGAGAAUGUCAGGGUGAUAUUUCGGACAGUUAAUAUCACUUUUAUCAGGGAUGGCAUCAUUUUGUCCUCCGCUAAAAAAAAAACAUCCCCAGGCUCGACAAUUUAAAACAAUUUUCAUUAUAAAAAUGAUUACAAAAGCACCAUGAGGAGGGUUCAGCCAGGAUACAUUAUUUGUUCUUUUGUUUUAGAAUAUAGGGUCUGCUGUGUUAUGGUGUAAAUAUCUGUGUUUUUUCUCAUAAAAACGGGUACCACGCAGACAUGCCUGAAGCAAAUCUAAUUUAAAAAAACUUUGGUAAAACAUCAACCCCUGGUCCAGACGUGACUACAUAUGUCAUGUUGUUUUCAUGAUGUUAGUCAGUCUGCAGCUCUCAGUAGGUGGGAAUGUUAUCUGACAGGCAGUAGCAUUUUUUUGGGGUAGUUGAAUGUCAUGCUAAAAACGAAAGGCACACUUUGGUAUGAGCACCAGGCAUCCUUUCAAUGCAGGUUUAGCUGAACCUUCAGUGUCCUCAGAAACAACAGUUACAUAUAUAUAUGGCUUUACACCAAAAGCUCGUGUGAGACCAUUUGGACAAUUAAGUGUUAUCUCAGUUUUUCUAUUUCUAGUUCAUGAUCAUCCUAGCAUGGUCUCUGUCAUCAUGGUAAUGCACAUUACAGGUAGGAAUGAAUUCAAGUGCUUUGUGAGACUGUUUGAAUUAUGAUUUCCCAUCUGUGGCUCAACCUGCUGUCUCUGUGUACUAUCUCAUGUUGUGGCUUCAGACGAACACAAUCCUCAGCCAACCUGCAGGGGUGUGAGACGGACAUGUCUCGCUUCUCACGGUGGCGGCAACACUGGCUGUUUCUUCUCUCUACUUUGGCUUCAAUUGUUAUCGCAGAACAGCAUUUUCUCAUUUUGUGAUGCAGCAUUACAGUGUGUGUUUUUAAUGUGAAACAAUUAAAUGAAAAAGUUGUUUUGCA